UGGACCCACUGUUAAGCAUAUUUGUAGACUACUUGCUACACACAGGCUUUCCAGGCAUGGUGUGGAAGAACUGGAUAUUUAAGAUUUCAAGAAACCAAGUUAAAUCUAAGUUAACUCCAAGAAGAAAUGUUGAGGGAUGGAGAUGGAAAAGAAUUAGGUAGCUAUAUACACCUAGAAAGCACCCCAAGAUUUAAGCCAUUUGGCAAGGUCAGUUGGUUCUCAUGAAAAACAGUGAAGCUGCUGAGUUUACUCUUGAGGCUUCAGUAUGGCUAGCAGAAGACAGGCUAGUGAUAUUACUAAGCAGUCAUGCUAUAGUGUGUUUUCUGCAUUACCUGGAAAUGAAAUAAAGCUUAAAGCAAUAAUGGACUUGCAUGCUGGGAAGAUAUUUGCAUGGAUAAUAAAGUUCUGCAUUUUUUGUACUGCAACCAUCCAAACAUUUAGUAAAAGCAGUUGGCAAUUGCUAAUGAAUUUGUUCCCACAACAGAAGACAUGACAGCCAGUAUUUUUCAGAUUUAAGUGUCUAAAAUUAGACACCAAAGUGUUUUUAGAACCCAUGAUAAAAGUGAUUGAAUUUUUACAACUGUGGAAUACUCACAGCUCUCUGCAAGUAGCUUCAUUACUCAUACAAACUAUAAGCAUUUGUGGAAGACACACGAUUUUUCCCACCAGUGUGGGGAAAAAAAGCCUCAUCCUGUUAAUUGCCAAGCUCUCAUUCAUGUUCAGGGCAUUGAUAUUUUAGUUCCUCGGUUCUGGUGUGGCAGCAGCUGAUAUUGUGUCACUGGGGUUGAUGCUCAGAGUUUUGAAAGUGAUUCAGUGGAAGUUUUGCAGGUGAUCUCUGAGGGUUGGACCAUUACUGGUUAACUGGUAAGUAAUUCUAUAUAUGGUUAUUUACAUCAUAUCAGUUUUCAGCCCUAGAGUCCACAAAAAGAAGAACAACAAUGAAGUCAAGCAUGUCUUUGGUCAACAGAAAGAUACAACAGAGAGGAACCACAGACUUGCUGAAUUGCAAUUACACCAGAUAAGCAAGGAUGAAAUUAGAAAAUAGCUUAAAUUCUCAUUAAGAUAUGUACACAGGAUUGAGGAAAAAAUUCAGAAAAAAUUGUCCAUAAUGCUAGCAAGCAAAACACUUCUGGGAGGGAGGGAGGAAGGGAGGGAGGAAAGCAAGAGAGAACCUCAAAUCAGCCAUCCUGACCUCCACAGAUAAGAAUCAGGUUGCUUAAAGAAGAACUUGCAUUUUAAAAUACGAACUUGAAAAAAACCCAUCUUUCUUAACCAGUUACUCUUCCAGAAUUAUAUGGUUUAAAAUAUCUUAAGAAAAUUAGAUUUAUCUAGCAUCAAAAGCUUUUACUUUUUUCCUGUCCUGAGACAAUUUUGGUUUUGAUGUUUAUUGGAUUUUUGACCCAUCUUGUUUUAACCCCUUGUGAAUCCCAACCUUUUGGAUAACUCUGCCAGAUACAGCUUUCUUCCCAGGCUGAACUGACCGGGAUACACAACAUGCACAACAGCACUGCCGGAACUCUGCAUGUGGCUGCAGCGUGUAAUGAGACUCGGCCCACCCAGUCACCCAGCUCUGAGUUUUCCCUGGGCGUGUUGGUGCUGCUGGCUUUCCUCAUGGUGUUGCUAUGUCUGGUCACCAUCCUUGGAAACAUCCUGGUGAUCCUUGCUUUCAUCCUGGACAGAAACCUCAGGCAUCGGAGUAACUAUUUCUUUCUCAAUCUUGCUGUUUCUGACUUUGCAGUGGGUGUGUUCUGCAUACCUCUCUACAUCCCAUACAGCCUGACGGGAAAGUGGCACUUGGGAAGAGGCAUCUGCAAGCUCUGGCUAGUCAUGGAUUAUCUCCUGUGCACAGCUUCAGUAUUUAACAUUGUUCUUAUCAGUUAUGACCGUUUCCUGUCAGUUACUCGAGCCGUAUCUUACAGAGCCCAGCAGGGAAUAACCUCCAACCCUGCCAUCAAGAUGGUGGCCAUAUGGGUCUUAGCCUUUCUCCUCUAUUGCCCAGCAAUCCUCUUUUGGGAGCACGUGGCCGGACACAGCGCAGUAGCAGCAGAUCAGUGCUACGCCGAGUUCUAUGACAACUGGUACUUCCUCCUGUGUGCAUCCACCCUGGAGUUCUUUGUGCCACUGCUCCUGGUGAUCUACUUCAAUAUGCACAUCUUCCACAGCAUCCAGAGGCGCCAGCGGCAAGGCAGUGUGCAGGACUGUGAGCCUCCAAGGAGCAGCAGCCUGUCCUGGAGAUUUUGCCCUUUGCCAAGGUCAGGGGCAUCUUCUCCUUCCUCGGAAGCAGAGGACAGUGUUUCUUCUUCCAUGAGACCAAAGAAAGAGUCUUUGGUAACCGACUGCUCAUCUCCAUCAAGAGAGAAUUCUGUUACUCCAGAAAAUGAAUUUUCUGUUUCCCUCUGUUCAAAGACUAGGUCAAAACUGCAGCAGGACAAGAAAAUUGCGAAGUCACUUGCCAUAAUUGUCUGUGUGUUUGCCAUUUGCUGGGCCCCAUACUCUUUAUUAAUGAUUGUUCGUGGGGCCUGCCAGGGAACUUGUGUCCAUAAUGCCCUGUAUGAAGCAACUUUUUGGCUUUUAUGGAUCAAUUCCUCUCUGAAUCCAUUUCUCUACCCUCUAUGUCAUGUUAAAUUUAGAAUGGCUUUUCUGAAAAUAUUGUGUCCCAAAAAGUUUGCCACAUUGAGAUCAGGAUCUUUUUAAAAGGAAAAAAGAAAAAGAAGAGCUGGAUGAGGAAUGUAAAUAGCCACAGUUUAUUAGAUUUAGUCUUUUCCAAGAGACUAGUCUAGUUGGAAAGUCUAAAUAAGCCUUCUGUGAAAUGUGAAAUGUCCUCCUUCAGACAAACACGCAUGCCCAAGGUUUAUGGACUUUUCCCAGCUAUUUCAAUUGGCCACUUCAAGGCUAUUGCCUCUAUCUGACUUUGCCUAGUAGUCUAUCCAUGUUAUCUUAAUUCUGGUUGCUGAAGAUACUAUCUUCAGUUGCAUUACAACUUAUAUUUGUGUUUACGUUUGAUAUUAGUUAAAAAUACAAUGAAAUUGGGUAUUUGCUGUAGUAUUCUAAAGUUACUACCUUCUCUGUUCUAUUUCUUUUGAACAAUUUGUAUUGCAUUCAGAAUCUAAUUUUUCCCUACAUCAAACAUCCAGUUAAGUUAUGAGUU